CGAAUGGAAUAAAAUCUACUUUGUGACCCAACAUUCAAUCGUUCAAACAAUCUCACAGGAAUCGUUGAGUGUUAACAUAUGACUAGUAAAGUAAUGAAAUGAAAUGAAAUCUCCGUGAACAACUUUGCUGAGAUGGACGAGACGAUAUCCAGUUUUGUGAGUACUCAUUUACAUCUCCUACAGUUGGAACAAGAGGAAAAUCUAGAACAUGUCUUCAACAACAUCUCUUCAAUUGCUCUGCGUAACCUGCAAAAACAAGGGGAAGCCUUGAGUAAACUUGUUGUGGGGAGCCUUGGUAGCCGAGGUCUAAGACAGCAGGUAGACUUUGUCGACCAUGAUAAUCUUCCGCUAAAACAUGGUUUUGUCGUUGGCGACUUAGUCAUCUGCAUUCAGUUAAACAAUCGCAGUCGUCUACUGCGAGGUUUAGUAUGUGCUGUUGGAGAAAGAACAAUAUCAGUUUUGACAGAGAAUGUUGAUGAAGAGGAACAGUAUGCCCUAAUCAAGGCUGACUCUGAUUACACCUAUAACUGCCAGACAAGAGCCCUGAUAACUUUGAAGUCCAAAGAGAUAUAUACAUGGCCCUGUUUCCCCAUUAUUCAAAUACUUUUUGAUAAUGACGAGAAAGUUGUCAAAGAUCUGUUGCAUGCUGAUAUUCCAAUUCCUGAAAAAUUUUUGGCUGACGAUGGUGACUUGACAUUCAUCAAUCCAAAAUUGGCAGUCGAUCAAAGAGCAGCUGUAAAUUUUGCUCUCCGUAGAAAAUACCUUGCUAUUAUUCAAGGGCCUCCGGGUACUGGAAAGACCACAACAUUGGUCGAAUUAAUCGGGCAACUACGCGGGUUUGGUAAGAAGGUGUUGGUCUGUGCACCAACCAACGUAGCGGUCGAUAAUGUAGCCGUUAAGCUUUGCGAGGCUAGUAUUAAACCGCUGAGAAUGGGUCAUCCAGCUCGAAUAGCCAAAGAAGUACAGAGCUGCUCAAUGGAUGCAAAUGUCCGACAAGAUGGAGCGUACGAAAUUUUAAUGGACAUAAAAAAAUCUCUUAACGAGCUGCGAGAAAAAAUGGAUUGUGCUAAACCAUGGGCCAAAGUUAAAGAGCUGAAUAAAGAAUACAAAGAAAGAAUGGAUAAACUUACUUCCGAGAUAAUUAAAAGACACUCUGUUAUUAUCUGUACGUUGAACUCUGCUUCAACCGGUAAAUUUGCAAAAGCUCUUCGGCAUGUGCCGAAAGAUUAUUUUGACGUUGUUGUGGUAGAUGAAGCUUCUCAGGCUUUAGAAGCUUCGAACUGGAUCGCCAUACCAAAUGCACCAAAGCUUGUACUAGCCGGAGAUAUCAAUCAGCUACCACCAGCUGUAAUGAAUCAAAAGGCAGCAAAAAAUGGGCUGAGCCUUAGUUUGAUGGAGAGAGCUAUUAAAAAAUUGGGACAAGAUUCAUUUAGGAGCCUUGAAAUUCAAUACAGAAUGAAUGAAAAGAUAAUGGCAUGGUCUAGCAAACAGUUUUACGACAAUACUCUCAAAGCUGACAAACUUGUUCAGAAACACCUGCUCAAAGAUCUGCCUGGGGUGACCUCCUGUGCGAUGACAAAUGAUUCUCUUUUAUUCGUUGAUACUUGUGGAUGUGAAUGCGAAGAAUAUCAGAUAGGUAGCGAAACAAUAUCAAAAGGUAAUGUUGGAGAAGCGAUUGUAGUAGAUCGCAUAGUCUCAGCGCUAGUAAAGGCUGGUGUACCCGAAUCUGGGAUCGGAGUUAUAACGCCGUAUGCCUUGCAGGUCGAUUUUAUAAAAAAAACUUUAUCUGCACGAUCAAUAUCUGCUGAAGUUAGUACAGUAGAUGGAUUCCAGGGUAGAGAAAAAGAAAUUAUUAUCCUGUCUCUGGUCAGAAGUAAUGAGGAAAAAACACUGGGAUUUGUGACCGAUUUUAGACGACUAAAUGUUGCAGUUACAAGGGCAAGACGCCUCUUGGUUGUAAUAGUCAAUAGUGAGACAGUCGAAGAUAACAAAUUAAUUACUAGUUUAUUGAAGCACAUCGAAGAUAAUGGGGUCCUAGAAACGGCCCAGGAGUAUUUGGGAGAUGAUUUGGAAGACUUGAAGAAGGAACUAGAAGAAAACGUCAAAGUAAAACACAAAGUUACUACAUCUGAAAGAGAGGAGAUUAAAGCAGAAAAAAAGAAAAAACCGGUAUCAAAAAAUACUGUUGAAAUGAAAGAGGAUAAGAAUCUAAAGAGUGUUCUCAAAGAUAAAGGAAUCGACUUGAGUGUAAAUUCCAACCGGAAAACUUACAACGUUUUUGAUUAUAUCGGUGAAAAUACGUCCGACUUCGAAGAUGACUAUGAAUCAAUAUUACAAGAACUAGAAAUUACAGUUGACGAAGCUUCAGCUGCCGGGCCGGGUAAAUCCGCACCGCCAAUGGAGAAAGAAGAUUCGAAACCAAAAAUCGAAAUAUCCAAUUUGAUCGCUAGUCUUAAACAACUUGCAUCGCCUUCAGUUGAAAAUGACCCUGUAGUUCAGCCUGAACCAUCGUCCAAUGCCCAGAAAAAAAAGAAGAAAUCGAAGAAUCCCAAGCCUAAAGAAGAAGAAUUGAACGAUGUGGAUGACUUUGAUAAAAUGAUAGCUGCUGUUACUGCAAAAAAUCGCAUCUGUGCCAUGUCGGGGUGCAAAAGAUCUACCGAGUUGAUUCAGUUCGAUUGCGAAUUUUGCAAAUCUAGAUACUGCCUAAAACAUGGAAUGCAGGAAAUUCACGGAUGUGGUGAGGCGGUGCGCAAAAAGGAGAGAAAAGAAUUUACCCAUCGGAAACCGGAAGUCUGUGAAAAAAAGGACAAGGAAAAAUUUGCCAGGAAAUUAAAGCAACUAGAGGAGGCUCGUAAGCCUAAGAAAAAAGUUAACAAAUAGAUUCAACUAUGCUGUUUAAAUUUCUACUGCCACAUUUAUAACAGUUGCAGAGCAUCUUACAAAUCUUGUGAUUACAUUAUUAUAUAUAAGUAGUUAAUUAUCAGUAUUUUGUAUUAUUGAGGUUUUUCUUAUUUUACUUUUUGUUCUUGAGCCAUGUCAUUGUCAUAAGGCGCAUUGUUGAAAUAAACCCUCGAAAAACUACGGUGAAAAAAUAAAUAAAAUCUUGUCAUCGGA